AUGCCACCAAAGAAACAGAAACCGAGCAGAAAGGGGAAGGAAAAGGCCGAUGAUGACAAGCCCUGGGAGGAUCCACCAUACGUUCAGUGGAUGAAAGAAGAGCAAGAGCGUGGUAGAAACCGAGGGAAAAUCAAGCACGAACACGCUCCUCGGCGCGACGGUCCUGGACCAGGUUCAGCGCGGGCUGACGGCGCUGACAGCUCGGACGGAGGGGACACUGACAUCUCGUCCGACGAGCUGGAAGAGAUUGUGUCAUCCAACGGCAGCGAUAGCGACAGCGACAACUCAAAAGCCGCUUCUGGAAGCGACGAAGACGAGUCGGCGUCGGGGCCGGAUGCCUCGGAGGCCGGACCUAGUAAUGGCAAGAGGAAGCGCAGCUCCAAGACUAAGCGCCAGUGGACCGACGAAGAGCUAACGGCAUUGGCCGCGGCGAAAUGGUACACGCGGGAAGAUCUGAAGCAGAUGCGGGGUAAGCAGGGCAACCAGUAUUGGAAGAAGUUGCGCGCGCACAUGAAAAAGAGCGGCACCAAGUGGACGCGCAACAGCACUGCCAUGCAACACGCUUGGAAACGCAUGGAGGCGGAGUACCGUGACACGCUGCGCAACAACGGGACAAGCGGGCGGAAACCGAAGAGAAAGAAGCCCUGGUUUGAGUACGUAUACCUGCUCAAACGCAUCCCUGCAAAUGUCAAGCCUCACGUGGUCGAAGGCGGAGGAGCUGGUGAAACCCACGUCGACCCGCAAGCCCCGCUCCAGCUUGACGCCGAUAUGCCAGAGGGAGGUACCACAACCCCAGUGACCCGUGGUCUGCAACGUGCACCUCGUCGCGCGGUCGCCAUUGAUGCCACGCCCAGCCCCGUUCCGGCAAGGCGUUCACGCGUGAACGAGACGGCAACCAUGGCGGCCGCCAGGGUGAUUUUUGACACGCUGAAUGCGUGCAACGGGCAAGCCAUGAGGCAGCUGAGCGACGCCGUGCAGCUGCUCAUCGCCGCGAUACACAUGGCGGCGGCGAUGUGGCGACCCCCUCCAACACCGCCUCUACCGGCGACGGUACCUGCACCUGCACAACCACCUGCCAUCGCCAACGACGCGGGCAACUUGGUGAAUGCGGCAUUGGUUGAGAGGGAGCUGGCAGAUGCGCCCGAAGAAGAUGAGGGGGCGUCGCCGGAUGACAUGCAUUCUCGCUAG